GGUGCUGCGCAGACAGUGCUGCAUUGAUCAUAUCUCGAUUAUUGAUUCAUAGACCGUAGAAAAGAAAGACCUUGUAAAAUUAUCGGACAAAUGUAUCCUUCUUAAUUGUACCCCUUCCUAAAAAGAUUAUUUAAUCUGUGUCAUUCUUCAGCGCUGUUUAGCUAUAGUACUACGGAACAUACUAAAAUAAUAAAUAAUUUAGUCUAUUAUCACAAUUUUAGCCUAUGAAUCUGCUGUAAAACACUGCUAUGCAAAAUAAAUAGUGUCCGGUUUCUACGGAAGAAACAAUGAACACGUGUGACGUAUUCAUAUCAAUCCAAAACAGCGGCCACCGGAGAAGUCACGUAAUUCACGUAUUUGAGUGAGUCGAUAGGAAGUAGAGUAAACUGCAGCAUUGUGGCUUGCUUCAUGCGAAUGUAUUAGCCUAUCGUAACUCGAGGAAAUAGCCAACUGAAAAGUGACGGAGAUAUGACGAGUUACUAAGUGAUCACGUAGCCUAACCAAGCCUAGAAUCCGUAGAAUUUCAGAGAAUAGGUGACAAGGUGUAGGCUUCUACGGCUUUUGUAGAGGAAUUGUUGGCCGCUUAUACAUAUGGCAGAUAUGGAUUGUACAAUUACAGUGUUGCUUCUGUUGGGAAUUUUUGCACUUUUUAAUUCCAUAAACUCAAGCUCAAGUCCCGCCGCACACAGGUGCUUCUGUCAGGUAACGGGGCACUUGGAUGACUGUACAUGCGACGUGGAGAGCAUCGAUGCCUUCAACAAUAAGCAACUCUUUCCAAAACUACAAAAGCUCCUGGGCUCCGAUUAUUUCAGGUUUUACAAGGUGAAUCUGAACAACCCCUGUCCGUUUUGGUCAGAAAACAGUCACUGUGGCUCGAGGAAUUGUGCCGUGAACCCAUGCAAACCGGAUGAGGUGCCGGAGGGGCUCAAAUCAAGCAGCUACAAGUAUUCAGAGGAGGCCAAUGAUGAAGUAAAGGAGUGUGAGAAAGCUGAAACUCUGGGAGCCGUGGACCGCUCACUUAGCGAGGAGACUCGACAGGCCUUGCUGGACUGGAACAGACACGAUGAUGCGGAAGAUCGCUUCUGUGUAGUGGACGACGAGGACGCACCUGAUUCCCAGUAUGUGGAUUUGUUGCUGAACCCGGAGCGCUUCACUGGGUAUAAGGGACUGGAAUCCUGGCAGAUUUGGAACAGCAUCUAUGAGGAAAAUUGCUUCAAGCCAACCACUAUUAAACGACCAUUGAAUCCUAUGGAAAGAUACAGAGAAAAGGAUGGACGGACAUUUUACAGAUGGCUAGAAGGUCAGUGUGUGGAGAAAAGGGCCUUCUUCAGGCUCGUCUCCGGCCUCCACGCCAGCAUCAGUGUGCACCUGAGUGCCAGGUACCUCUUGGACGAGUCCUGGUUUGAGAAGAAGUGGGGUCACAACACCACGGAGUUCCAGCAGCGCUUCGACGCAGAGCUGACGAAAGGGGAGGGCCCGAAGCGGCUGAGAAACCUGUACUUCCUGUACCUGAUCGAGCUGCGCGCCCUGUCCAAAGUCCUGCCCUUCUUCCAACGGCCCUCCUUCCAGCUCUACACAGGCCAGUCUGCCCAGGACCAGCACAACAAAGAGCUGCUGCUAGAGCUCCUCCAAGUGGCCAAGUCCUUUCCUCUGCACUUUGACGAGGCCUCUCUGUUCACUGGGAAUAAAGAGGAGGCAGCCAAGCUGAAGGAGGACUUCAAGCUGACCUUCCGGAACAUUUCCCGGAUCAUGGACUGUGUCGGAUGCUUUAAGUGCAGAUUGUGGGGGAAGCUGCAGACCCAAGGCCUGGGCACAGCGUUAAAGAUCCUCUUCUCCGAGAGGCAGAUCGAGGCCCUGCCCAAGUCGAGGAGCUCCAUUCCCAGCUUCCAGCUGACCCGCCAGGAAAUCGUAGCUCUCUUUAAUGCUUUUGGGAGAAUCUCAACGAGCAUCAGAGAAUUGGAAAACUUUCGAUCGCUGCUGUCCAUGGUCAACUGAGGACUGAAGCCCACGUCUCUUGUCGGCAAGAGAGUAGAAACAUCUUAUUGUGGCUACACCUGUAGCGGCCUGUAGCGUAGUGGUUAAGGUACAUGACCCGAACACGCAAGGUCGGCGGUUUAAUCAGUAUAGCCACAAUUAGAUCCGCACAGCCGUUGGGCCCUUGAGCAAGGCCCUUAACCCUGCAUUGCUCCAGGGGAGGAUUGUCUCCUGCUCAGUCUAUUCAACUGUACGUCGCUCUGGAUAAGCGCGUCUGCCAAAUGCCAUUAUUGUAAUGUACCUUAACCACUAUGCUACAGACUGCCCCUCACAUACAGAGUUGGUGUCACAGACACAGAUUAAGCUCAAUCCUGGAUUAAAUUGAGUUUUGUUUGGAGAAUCUCCAAGUAUCUUCAUUAAGCCUAGAACUAGGCUUAAUGUGUGUCUGUAAAACUUGCCCAUCGAGCCACAGAAAAACAAAAAUUGAUUACACAUAUUAAUGCAUACUUUUCCUACCCAUUCCACUUAAUUUCUUUGGUGCCAUGAGUAUACCGUCUGAAACUGCUGCCUGAACAUGUUUUUUUUUUUUUUCAAUCUGUACGCAGUGAGCUCUUAAUAGCUACAUAUUUUGUCAAUAUAGCUUUGUUCCCGGGCGGAUGAAGCACUGCUUUAGCCUGUCACGUUUUAAUUGUAGCUUUACUACCACUGCCUCACGACUCUCAUCUUAAGUCAGGGAUGCCAAACUAAACUCCCGGAGGGCGAUACGGUUUGCAGUUUUCCACGGUUUACUUUUAAUCAGCAGCCAGUUUAGGCCUUGGAAACGACUUAUGUGUAUUCUUUAGCUAAUCGGUGACAAAAUUAAACCCUAAAGUGCAUAACCUGCAGGCAGUGUAGCCCUUCAGGACUAAGUCUAAUGCUGACCGAACCCAUUUUGUCUGUACUGUGGCUGAGGAGCUGAAGCUCAAAUGUAUCAGGUGCCAAGUCACACACACCCAUUAUUCAAUGGGGGAAGUUAUGUUUCAGCCAUUUUGUCCCAUUACUGUAUAUUAUUUGGAUGUUUUCUGCUGCAUGUCAAGUAUAUAUAUAUAUUUCUUUUUUUUGCCAAGUUUAGUUUUGCACUUUCUUUUACAUGAACCCCAUGCACUUUCUUUUACAUGAACCCCAUGCACUAAUGCUAUCUGAGUUUCCUAUGUAAUCAUGAAUGAGUGAAUGUGUACUGUACUGUACUGUGCUCAGGACCUAGUGGUAUUCUACUGUCAAACGGUUAAACCACUGUACUUCAUAUUGCACUAUGUUAAUGAGAGCUCAUUGAAAUGGUUUAUUUGAAUGUGUACAAAUGAAGUAUAAAUGUUGUAUUUGAA